AUGCGAAGGCAGACCAGGAAUCAGAUUAGUGGCCCGCGUUCAGCUCUCACUGAUUUUCUCGCUUCCAACAACAUCUCCGCAGCACAAAUCCAUGAUGACUAUCAGCGGAGGUUGAGAGAAGCGGAGAGUCAGGCCAAUGAAGGGCAGGAAGAGCGACUCACUGACGAAGAGUAUGAAGAUAAUAUCGGCGAGACUCCCGAGGAAAGAAAGAAGCGUAAGCGAAAGGAAGCAGCCACCCUCGCGAAGAUCAAGCAGAGCAAGGAGUUCGCUCGCCGCAAAGCUCGGCGCAUUGGUGAGCCUGAUGAUGAAGAUGAGCUUAUCGCAAGGGAGAUGCUGAAAGAGCGUGCUCGGCCUAUGCCUGGUCAACUUGAGAAUUGUGAGAUUUGCAGCAAACGAUUCACAGUUACACCAUACAGCAAGACAGGGCCUCAGGGCGGUCUUCUCUGCCCUAAAUGUUCUAAGGAGGUUGGUGACAAGGAGAAGAAAUUACAACCCAAGAAAAAAGGACCCAGAACUACUCGGCGCCAAAAUCAAAGUGACCUUCUCGACGGGAUCACCCAGCAUGGUGCUCUCAGUUUGGUUGAGAUGUGCACCAAGAAAGUGGCUGAUAAUAUCCAAGAUAUCACGGAGUUUGGUGAUCUUCCAUGGCAACCUUUACGUCGCCUAAGUCAAAUACUUUCAAAACGACGGGCAUUGACACCCAGGACACUGGAUCUUUUCCUCCGACCCGAUUUGGGAUUCAUUGACAUAUGCGACUCGGGCAAGCUUGAGACGGACGACUUCAGAAAGAUUUUCACGUUUAUGCCCGCUCUGACCAGCGUAAACCUUCGGUUUGCUGGACAGUUGAAAGACGAUGUCAUAGACUACAUGCUCGAUCGAAAUCUGAGUAUCCGACAUCUGCAACUUGAUUCUGCAAAUCUUGUCUCGGAUCUGAGAUGGAGACAAGUAUUCCAGAAGCUGGGGGAUAAGCUAGAGACACUCAGGCUGUCCAACCUGGACUCUUCGCUAGAUGAUGAGAGCAUUGAAGUCAUGUGUAAACACUGCACGGGACUCCGACGGUUAAAGCUCACCCAAUGUUGGAGGAUGUGUGACCGUUCUCUUCGAGCCAUUUCAACGUUACCGUCUCUGGAACAUCUGUCGUUGGACUUGAUACAGGAAACGAAGACCGAUAGCCUUGUUGAACUAGUUUCCAGACUUGGCUCAAACCUGCGGUCGCUAUCCUUGCGAGGUUUUUCAUCAGCCGAUGACACUUUGCUGGAAAUGAUACACAACAAAUGCAGGCACCUUCGCAAGCUUAGGUUUUCUGACAAUUCUGUCUGCACGGACAAAGGUUUCAAUGAACUCUUUCUGAACUGGUUGAACGCUCCCCUGGAAAUUGUGGAUCUCUCGUCAACACGAGACGUCGACAAUACAAACCCUAAUGGCCCUCCAGAUGCAAUAGGACUUGCAUCAAACGGGUUCGCUGCGCUCAUGCGCCAUUCUGGCUCUGCCAUCCGGAUACUGAACAUUGCGUCAUGUCGCCAUAUUUCUUAUGCGGCCUUCGAAGAAGCGUUUGCGGAGGGCAAAAACUAUCCUAACUUGAAAGAGUUGGAUGUCUCAUUUCACGGCGUGAUGGAUGACUAUCUUGUGGGUCGUAUUCUCCAAUGCUGCCCAGCAAUUCAAAAGGUCGUUGCAUUCGCUUGCUUCAGCGUGCGAGAACCUCAGGUUCCCAAGGGGGUGUCACUAAUCGGCGGUCUACGCACUCAAGAUUCCCUUGCUUAG